AUGGCCUCGCUUCCGGUGAAGCCUAUACCUUCCGGCCACUUACAGCUUCUUCGCCGAAAUCUCAUUACUCCACCGUCAAUGGUAUCCUCCGGUUUAAUCAAAAGGCAGCAUUUCUUAGGACUCUCUUCUUAUGAUCUAUGUAUUGAUGAAUCUGUGAGGCAUAUGAGAAGCCUUAUUAGGCCGUGGAGCAAUCGCCGGCGAAUAAGCAAAAGCGCCGGAGUAUCUAUGCCAGUGGCUUCUGCUGAUGAUUUUCCGGCGGUUUCUUUGGAAUCUUGGAAGCCCGACAAGACCACGGUGCCUCCGUCGCUGAGUGACGUCAUCUGGCCUGCAGCAGGAGCGUUUGCGGCGAUGGCCAUAAUGGGAAGAAUAGAUCAAAUGCUAAACCCUAAAGGGAUCUCAAUGUCGGUUGCACCACUUGGUGCCGUCUCUGCCAUUCUCUUCACCACUCCUUCUGCUCCUGCGGCUCGGAAAUACAAUAUGUUCAUGGCUCAAAUAGGUUGUGCAGCCAUUGGAGUGUUGGCAUUCUCCGUCUUUGGACCAGGCUGGCUCGCCCGCAGCACCGCUCUUGCCGCUUCCAUCGCGUUCAUGGUCAUCGCUCGUGCCAACCAUCCGCCUGGUAAUUGA